AUGUCGCAUCGAAGCCUGUCGCCGUUUGUGGAGCUCAGAGGCUCGGACAACAAAAGCGACUUGCUCAAGCGGAUUUCCAAGUUGGAGUACGAGAACAGUUCACUUAAGACGGAGAUGCGUCUUCUAGAACAGAAUACCGAGACUCUGAAAAAACGGUACGAGGACCUUCUUUUGAAGAAGAACGAGGAAUUGGCCGCUCUACAUACAAACUUCGACUACGUGUACAAUCAGAAGAAGGAUCUUGAGAGUAAGCUACAGAAUCAGAAGGAUGUUUCAGGCAAGGCGUCCAAGGACUCCAGUGCUGAAGUUAGAGAGCUAAAGAAAGAGAACAGGUCGUUGAAGCAGCAGCUAGAUCGUCUCGAGAGACAACACAAUAUUGUGGCGAGCAAGUGUGAGCAUCUUAAAACCGAUCUCAAUCGGGAGCUCUCUGCCAGUGAUCUGUAUAGGGAGCAGAUUACGGUUCUUGAGAAAGAGACUCAACGGUUGGCCCUGCUCAAUGACGAUAUCUUGGAGAGACUCAAGCUUGCAAAGAGUCAUUCGCAAAGUUCCGCGGCAUCAAAAACGGCUGAAGAUCUACGAUUGAGAUACUUGUCUCUUCAAAAGACAAACACCCAGCUUCAGGCGAAAGUGGACCUGCUUUUACAGCACAAGACCAGCGUGGAGCUUUUGAAGCAAAAGUGUGCAUCUUUGUCAAAGAAGGUCGAAGUGCUUGAAAAUGCUGAGCGUAGUGCUGCUCAGCUGGAGCUUGCUAGACUAAAGAUAAAGGCCAAGUUUGACGACUACUUUGGUUUCCUUGCUCUGAACGUUGGUGAUGGCAACGAGGACGAUGUGGAUGCCAAAGUGUCUACGCUUCUUCAAGACUACAAAGCCCUACAGAACAAAAAUCUUGUUUUAUACGAUAAACUCAACCAGGCCCAGAUAUCUAUAACUGAACUUACGCAAUCUGGUGAGCAGCUAAUUUCUAAACUUGAGCAGGAGCUCGAGCCCGAAAACGAGAGGUUGAAAUCUGAGCUUGAGAAAGCUCAGGCCGAACUCAAAGAGCUCCGAAAGAUUCGUUCACUCAAUGCUCGUGAAAUCGAUUUUCUCAGGAAUUCCAUUAAAGAACUCGACGCUGCUCUCAUACGCAAACAAGAAAGCUCCACGUCUUCUGCAGACAAGUCCAAUCAAGAACCCUCCAAUUCUAAAGCUACCAAUCAGUAUCUUUCUAACUUGGAAAAGUUGGUUGACGACUACAAGAAGGAAAUCGAGAAUUUGCGUCAUCAGAGAAAUGGUGUGUCUUUCACCCCGAUAGCUCCAACAAAGCGUCCUAGGCUUUUGGAGGAUGAUACGCAUGUUUUGAACACGAAGACACUUAGAAAUCAGAACAUAGAAUUAGAGUCCAAAUUGAAAGGUCUUCAAGAUGAGGUUGACAGGCUCAACAGAAAGCUUGAAGAGUACGACAACGCCACAAGUAAACAAAGUUCUCUCAUUGUGGAGUUUACGAGAAAUCCAUUCCGAAAGGAUCAACUAGUCAAACAGGAAACGCUAGAUGCACUUCGUCACGAGAAUGAAGCGAUGAUCGCAAAGUAUAUCAACCAUGAAGAAGUCGACACUGUCCCUCGAUCGAUUUUUGCAAGACAAGAAAAUGACAAGGAAGUUCUUCAAAGUAAAAUUGAUCAACUAUACAAAAAGAACAGCCGGCUCACCAGCGUCUACACAGAGAAAAGCAAAAAAAUUAUGUCUUUGAUAUCCAAAUUUUUUGGCUAUUCUAUUGAGUUUGUGCCUAGUCCAUUGAAUCCGAACGACCUAUGCUCAAAAAUGAAGCUAUAUUCUAAAUUCCUAGCAAAAUCUGAAAAUGAUUCAGAAGCAUGUUAUUUAACCUUGGAUGUUCAAACCAAAGAUCUCAAAGCACAUGGUAGUUACAAUUUCCGCAAUCUCUGCUCAGAGCUAGUCAGCCAAUGGGUCAAUGAAAAAGAUCUGAUACCUUGUUUCUUGAGUGCCUUGACCCUUCGUCUUCAUCAAGAAAAGAAUUCUUCCAAUGGCAGUGAAUCGUAG